AUGUUGCAUUUUACCCUGCAGUUUUCUUCAUUAAUUUAUUCUGAUUUUUUGUUUUUUUUUUCAUUUUUCUUUCUUUCUGUCCUUUCCUUUUCUCCUCUUCCCUUGCUUUUAUUCGUCAUUUAUUUUUUCUUCUUUCCAUGUUUUUAUUCAUUAACAUCAUUCCUUCUUUUUUUAUUCAUCAAUAUCAUUCCUUCUUUUUUAUUCAUCAAUAUCAUUCCUUUGUUUUUUAUUUUUCAAUAUCACUCCUUCUUUUUUUAUUUUUCAAGAUCAUUUCUUCUUUUUUUAUUUUUCAAGAUCAUUUCUUUUUUUUUAUUCAUCAAUAUCAUUCCUCCUUUUUUUACAAUACGAUUCCUUCUUUUUUUAUACAUCAAUAUCAUUCCUUCUUUUUUUAUUCAUCAAUAUCAUUCAUUUUUCUUAAUUCGUUUCUCUUUUCUUCUUUUAUUUAUUCUCUUGAGUCUUUUACUCUUUUUAUUAAUUCAUUCUUCAUUCUUCAUUCUUUUGUCCCCAUAUCCUUUUGUCUCCUUUACUAGAUUUUGCCCUCGGCUUUUCUUCCUUCUGAUACCCAUUCUAUCUAUUUAUGAGAGAACUGAUUAUUAA